CUGAAAAGAAUCACAAUAACACUGAAUUUGGCUAAGCAUGUGUGCAAAAGAAAAUGUUUGUUGACAUUGAAAAUGGCUAAAGUUGUUAAAAUUUUACAAACUGUUAGAGACAACUGGAAGAAAUCUAUCUUUGCUGUUGUUGUAGCAGGAUAUGGUGUCAAAUUCGUGAACAGAAAAUUUGAGGAAGACCUUUUAAGAAGAGAGUACUGUAAAGAAGCAAAGAAAUAUGGUGAAGUAAAGAUCAAAUUUGGAGAGCGACCAAGAAAGAUAACUGUGUUUUUGAAUCCAGCAGCAUCAUCUGGGAAAGCUUCAAAACUGUUUGAAAAGAAUGCAGCACCUUUGCUACACUUGGCUGGUCUUGAGGUCAAUCUUGUAAAGACAGAAUAUGAAGGACAAGUAAAGAAGUUCAUGGAAGUAUUGGAUAGGAAAGACACAGAUGGAGUAAUCGCUGCUGGAGGAGGGGGAACUCUCCUGGAGACUGUGACUGGUGUCAUGAAGAAAAAUGACAAGGACUUUGCAAAACGUAUUCCAGUAGGAGUUAUCCCACUUGGAAAAACAAACCUGUUUGCCAAGAUACUGUUUGGAUCAGAUAAAGAACAAGUGAGAUUUAUCCUGGAUUCCACUUUGGCUGUUGUGGAUGGAUUUUCCAAGAAAAUGGAUGUGGUAGAAUAUAUGAGUGAAGAUGGAAGAAGCACAUAUUCAAUGAUGGGACUCACUGCAGGGGCGUAUGUUAAUGCCGAAAAGAAAAUGCAGAAGUACUGGUAUUUUGGCCCUUUGAAGUCUAAGUGGACCUACAUCCGAUCCACACUGACCCAGUGGCCAUCUGUCAUCUCAGGAAAAUUAAGUUACGUACCAGCAACAGAGGAAAACACGAAACUUCAGAAGAUAGUCAUCAAGCAAGCAGCACCAGAAGUCAAACGAAGCUGGUGGAACAUACUUCAUGUUUUCUACAAGCCCAAACCACAAAACUCUCAGGAUAUCAUUGAGGAGAUGGAGGCUGAGGAUAAUGAGGAAGAGGAAGUGGCCUCAGAGGAUUUAACCACUGUAGAGUUAUCUGUCUUGGCUCCCAUUGUUCAGAGUCAAAAGCAGAAAGUCAUAGCACCAGAAUUAGAUAUUGGUCCAAGUCAAGUGGAAAGGAAAAAUUUCAUCAGUGAAGGACUUAGGAGAGAAAAAUCGCAAACACCAGUGUACAGUUCAGCAGACAGUAGACAUUCACUUGUGAAAAAAGUCAAAUUUAUUCCAGACUUGCCAGAAGACACAGAGAAAAAGGAGUGGUUUUACAUUGAUGGUGAACAGUUUGAGGCAGUUCCUGUGGAAAUCAGACUACUGAGAAACAGAUUAAACAUAUUUCACAGUUCUAGAACUUUACCAAGCUGAUGAAUAAGUUAUUUGCUAUCAGUGUUUGAUUGUGUUUUUAUAGCAUCAUGUGAUUAAGGGCAUAAGUUGUGCUUCGAUUAAAUCUAAAGCAUGAUAGUUCACCUGAAUAUUUUCACAGCCUGUUGACAUUACAUUGCAAGUACAUGCACAAUGUAUUAAGAUAUUAAAACAUUUGAAUACACUUGGAAAUGAA